AAUUGAAACAAUGGCUGAAUUUAAUUCAUUUGGCAAAGAUUUGGAUGAAUUCAAACAACUAUUGAUUUCGAAUAAAUUUAUUAAAGACAAAGAAUUAUCUGAUUUAAUGAGUAAUGUAAAUGACGAGGAAAGUCAAUUGACAGCAUUAUUAACACACAUUAAAAGUCGUGACAAACAAGAGAUCAACUUAUUUAUUGAAACAAUUGGCGAUUCAUAUCUCACUGAAGACGAGUGUGACAGUAGUUUAAUGACAUUGAAGUACAAACUAAGCGAAAGUUUCAAACACUUCUUUUGUCCGCCAAAACUAUCAUCUGAGGAGUUGAUACUUAUAAACUCCCAAAAAGUGAAAAGCAAUAAAUAUGGUGACGUUUACCCAAUGACUGCCCGUCCCCGAGGUUUCUGUAUAAUGAUUGAUAACCAACAAUUCAAAACAAACAAUCUUUCGGAUAGAAAGGGAUCUGAAGUCGACUCACAAACUCUAUCAUUAGUGUUCUCUCAGUUAGGAUUUGAUGUCAAACAUUAUAUUAAUAAAACUACAAAUCAAAUGCAAAGAAUACUGCAAUCAUAUUCACAAAACCCUGAGCUCUCAAAACAUGACGCUCUGGUAGUUAUUAUUCUGUCGCAUGGAAUCAAAGAUGAAAUCUUUGGCAUCUGUGGAUCAACUGUCAAAGUGGACACAAUUCUUGAAUAUUACAAUAAUAUUAACUGUUCUUUGCUUAGAAAUAAACCGAAAAUGUUUUUCCUCAGUGCCUGUAGGGGUGAAGAAGACAAACAACCAAAAAUAGAUACCGGUAUUAGUUGUUUAUCGGGCGCACCAUUAAUGAUGCUUAGGAUGUCACAUAUGCCUACAUGGAGUGACAUAUUUGUCUAUUAUUCAACAAUUAAUGGAUAUGUAUCGUUACGCAAUACAUCUUCAGGUUCAUGGUUUGGCCAUGAAUUAGCUAAAUGUUUGGUAGAGUUUGCACACCGGGAACACCUCCACGACUUGAUGACCACAAAAGUGGCUCAAAGAUUGCACGAAAGGUUUAGUGUAAUGAAUGGUAAAAUAGUGAAGCAAUCUAUUGAAACUCAAACUAAAGGGUUUGUUAAAAAACUUUAUUUUAAUCCCGGUCUCUAUGAAACUGAUGGGCAAUAGUUUAAUCCCUUAAGUUUAUUAU